AUGGAUACCAGCCUGCUCUCAACCUAUUUACCAGAAGUGACUCGAAUGGCCCGAAAAUUUACACACAUUUCAACUCUCCUGCAGUACAUCAAGCUUUCCCUGAGUUGUAUGUGUGAAGCUUGGGAAGAAAUAUUGAUGCAAAUGGAUUCGCGAUUAACCAAGUUUGUGCAGGAGAAGGAUACCACCACCUCUGUGCAGGAUGAAUUUAUGGAGUUACUUUUGUGGGGCAAAGCAAGUAUUGAACUUCAGGCCCUGCUAAUGAAUCAGCUAACAGUAAAG